GCGAGGGAGCGUGGGAGCGUGGGAGAGGAGAGGAGGACCGAGGGAAGCUGCGGGUACCGGGCGAGAGCGAGAGGGUACGCCGUACGCCGCGCGCGGCGACCGAUCAGAGAAAGAGGGACCGGCGCGGAGGCGGGGGCGAAAGGGUGGCGGAAGAGAGAAAGAGAGUACGCGUUCGCGUCUUUUCGACGUCGACGCAACCGGGUUGGCGCAGAAUAGCUGCUCAGUGCUCGUCGAACGGCGCCGCGCUGCGACGGGACGAUGCCGCCGCGCCCUGCGCCACCGAUCGACCGAUCUCAGAUGGUGUAACCCGAGGGAACCGAUGACCGAUUCGAUUCACGAUCCUUACUGAAAUCAGCCGAUCGAUCGUCGAUCGCCGUAAGCGGGGCAGGAUCAAGAUGUGACGCGCAAUGUAUCUUUGACGGUUUCGCAUUAAAGACCAGAGUGCAUAGCGCUGGACUUAAUAAAGGGUAUCCUGGACGACAUGAACUCGAGCGGAGAACCCGGCGGAACGAUGUCGGACGAUUAUGAAGUCGGAGGUUGCAGCGUCCCGGAAGAGGAGACGGGCUCGAAUCUGCCGACAUGGGAGGCGGUGGCAGCUACGCUUACUUUGGGCUUCCUCGUGCUGGCGACGGUGUUCGGUAAUGCGCUGGUUAUCCUGAGCGUGUUCACGUACCGGCCGCUCCGGAUCGUCCAGAACUUCUUCAUCGUCUCGCUGGCGGUGGCCGAUCUCGCGGUGGCGAUACUCGUGAUGCCAUUCAACGUAGCCUACCUGCUGCUAGGCAAGUGGAUCUUCGGCAUCCACCUGUGCAAGCUGUGGCUGACGUGCGACGUGCUCUGUUGCACCGCUAGUAUCCUCAAUUUAUGCGCCAUCGCGCUGGACCGUUACUGGGCGAUCACCGAUCCUAUCAAUUACGCUCAGAAACGCACCCUCAAGCGAGUCCUCGGAACGAUCGCCGGCGUAUGGAUUCUUUCGGGUGCGAUCAGUUCGCCGCCGUUGGCCGGGUGGAACGACUGGCCGGAGGAAUUGGAACCAGGCACGCCCUGUCAGCUCACCAGACGGCAGGGCUACGUCAUAUACUCGUCUCUGGGUUCGUUUUUCAUCCCGUUGCUGUUGAUGAGCCUGGUUUACCUGGAGAUCUUUUUGGCGACGCGCAGGAGGCUACGGGAACGGGCCCGACAGAGCAGGCUGGGCCCGGUGCAGUCCACCAGGCACCGCGAGACCGACGACGCCGAGGAGUCGGUCAGCUCGGAGACGAAUCACAAUGAGCGUUCGACGCCUCGUCUGCAGGCGAAGCCGUCGCUGAUCGACGACGAGCCGACCGAAGUGACGAUAGGUGACAAUGAACGUACCCCCGGUCGUACCAGCGCGUCCACUAGACGAGGUGGCGGCGACGCCAUCCCCGUCACUUCGACCGUCUACCAGUUCAUCGAGGAGCGACAGCGGAUCUCGUUAUCCAAGGAGAGACGCGCGGCGAGGACUCUGGGCGUCAUCAUGGGCGUCUUCGUCGUCUGUUGGCUGCCGUUCUUCCUCAUGUACGUUAUUGUGCCGUUCUGCCCGGCCUGCUGCCCGUCUGAGAGGAUGGUGUACUUCAUCACGUGGCUCGGCUACGUCAACAGCGCUCUCAACCCCCUCAUCUACACGAUCUUCAAUCUCGAUUAUAGAAGAGCGUUUAGGCGGCUGCUGCGAAUCCGCUGAACCCCCGCGGCCGUCACGUUAGGCCCCUUGGGCUUUGGCAGACGAGGGGGAUCCUCGUGAUUCCGUUCGACGUCCGGCCGUCCGAAUCUCUCUCGCCGAUCGCGAGCCACGCGGAAUCUCGCGGCGACCGGGUAUAACAGCCCCUGCGCCACGAUUUCUAUACUCACGGGAUUUCCGUCUGCUAGCCAACGGGAGUCGUUAAGUAAGUUCUUCGUCCAGGAAAAAGCGCGUUGCUCGUUGUAUCUCGCGUCGGGAUGGCAAUAUGUCGUAAUUAACGGAAAUUUAGACGUCUCGCUCACCCCGAUCGCUUGUUCGCGCGCAGCUCGUUAUGGUAAACGCGGUGAAAACUUGACGCAGUCAGCACAGAGACGACGAUGACGACAAGUUACGAAACGGCGAAGCGUCGCGGAGCGAGAACUCAGAACAAGUAAGUUACCAGCAAAUUCGCAGUGCGUAAAACGGUUAUUACCGUUUUACGCCAAGUUACGAACCAAUCAAAACUUGAUUAUUUAUAUUUUCGACUACUGCGUUUAACUAAGAUACCAAUCCUGUUAGCGCGAACAAUUACGUUAAACAAUUAUCUGACGUGUAGCGAUGAAGAAGAGACGGCUAUAAUUCCCAACCGACGAAAUAAGUAACGCACUGUUGUUUACGUCGAAGUAGAAAGAAACGUGCGUAAAUUUUAUUAGGCGGAAAUUUCGAGGUCGUAAACAGACAUAAAGGGGGAGAAGAUUAAAGAUUAAAGAUCGUUCGCGCGAAACUUAUUAGAAUUGGUUAUAGAAUCAAUCUCUCUCUAUCCCUAUAUAAUGCUCGGUUCCUAAAUCAAACAUUUACAAAGUUUUUGAAUUAUUACGCGACUUUGAAGGUAAAUUCGUUUUUAUGAGGCGAAAACUUGAACGCCACAAGAAUCUCGAAAAUUUCCUUCAACUGGUAUAACGGAUUGCCGUGACUCCGAAAGAGCCCGAAGAGCGAUGUGCACUUACCGUCGGAACUUGCCUGAAAAUUUAUCAGGCUUCCCGAGAAGAUGUUGAGAUAAUGGAUACGGUCUCAUCCGGGAGAUGCACAAAGGCAAUCUCAAUCAAGAUUGGCAGACUGGCCAGGCCAGCGCUGAUUCGGUCCUGAAGAGCUUUCAAGGGCGAAAGUUGAAGGGAAACUAUCCGCGGGAGUGAUAAAGGAAAUUAUGCUUCCUGUACUGGCUGGCGACUAGCUUCCUCGAAUAUAAUUAUAUAAAGCUUUGUGUCAGAGCUCCGUAUGAAUUUUCUCCCUUCCAUGGUUUCGAUGAUCAAUCUAGCCGCGCUGGAAGAUGAUUAAUGAUUAAAUUUCGCGCCCGAGAGUGUGUAAAUGCGAUUUAUCAUUAGAUCAAUAACGCUCGAUACCGGAUUGUAAUGGAAUCGAGGUCAUCGGGGGAGGUCUCGCGAGAAGCCACCGUCGUUCCUCUCCUCGUCGCGCACAGUUUUCGUCUCCCAGAACUGCACGGGGGAGCAAAAGAUACGUCUCGGUAGAAUGUCGAGUAACAUGUCUGUCGGUUCGGCGAACGCGCGUCGUGGUGAAAGAAGGGAACGUGCUUUUCUUCUACCAACGACACAACGGAGAAACAAUCGUACGUGCGUUUUAUGUAGGUAGACCCGGUUGACGUGCGUACGUCCACCGAACGUUAACAAUUGCAAGUAUUACGGUUGUGAAUAAUAAUUAAUACUAAACCCAUGAGCCUUGGUCGCGGGGCACGUAGCGUAAGGAAACAGCGUAAUAGGCAUUCAUUCGUCAUCAGCCGAGGUGGUCGUUUAUUCGAGGCGUGACGUUAACAACGCCGACCCGCAAAAUCUCUGCGGUUUCACGACGCGCGCGGUCGCGGCCGCGCCUCGCAUGAAAUCACACUUUAAACCGCCUCUCGACGUAUUCACGUUGACACGCGAUUAUAUCGUCACGUACCGCUACAAAAGUUUCCCGGAAUCACCGCUAUUUAUUAUAAUGACGGUUCUCUUAGCUUAUUAACAUACGGUUUUUCCUUAGAACUCGGACGGCAGACCAUCCAUUUAUUCCAACUUUUUAAUAUCCAACUUUCGUGACCCUAUAUAUAAUGGCAGCAUCAUGAUUUACAAUUCUUCAUCUUAACUCGUUAAUCAAACACGUUUCGGUCAUAAAUAAUAGAAUAAGCUCUCGUCAUUCAUUUAUUUCUUUUCACCAGAAGCUUAAACUUUUGUUGACAAACUUUUCGUCGUUCCACGGCAAGUAUCAAACAGGAAUUAUAACGUAUUUUCAUUGAAAAUUCUUCAAAUGGAUACAGGAUCGGGGAAAUGAUUUCUGAUUGUCGCAAACUUUUCGCUAUUAAGAGUGAUUUCGAAGAACACGGUUCUCCAGUAAAUAUCUAUUUUUGCGUCUCUCUGUUGUCGAUCAAUGAGGCACGUAUCGGUGAUUACGGGAUACCGAAUAGAUCUGCGUGCACGCACACACACACACGUACACACAUACACACGUACAUUCAUAUAUCUCGACAUACGCGAAGUAUUAUUUAUAUGACCACAAUAAAAUUUAAAGUAUCUUUAAGGGUAAAAACGAGGGAACAGGCGGCGAGAAACCGCCAUCUCCUCGAGUGCCGCGCCAAACGGACAGAUUGUUGAGGUAAACCUUAGGUAAGAAGGGCGAAGAAAAUAGAUCGGACGAUCAUAUGACUCGGUGGUAUAAAGCUCGUCACCAGGGCACUCUAUAAUAAGGUUGUGAUAAGGUUGUGAGAACACGUUCGUAGCCGUGCUACGAACGACAUAAGAUUUUUAAUUACUAACAGAUAGGGAACAUUUCUUUACUCGAGUUAUACUCUUCAAUGCAGUGUUGCCUCCUGCCCAAGAGGAAGAAAGGGAGCGAAAGAAAGAGAAUCAACGCUACGACGUUCCGAUCGUCUUUAAAAAGUAUAUCGUAUAGUUUCUUUUUUCUUUUAUUCCUUCUUUUCUUUUUUCUUUUUUUCUUUUUUUCUUUUCUUCGUAACCUUGCCAAAACGCUACAGGUAGUUCCGAACUUGCAAACUUGGCUGCGAUGGGUUGUUAUACAAACGGGAUUACGUUUUCACCGAAGCUAUCGCAUGAAUUUUAUUUCCGUGAAAAAACUCAUGCCUAAACGCUGGCACUCGUUUCGCACUAUUUUUUUAUUUAGAUGAAAUUUCCGCGGUGACCUUUGAUGCAUAUAAUAUCUCGCGUGGAAAUUUGAUCAUUCGAUUCGAUUCUUUUGCGAACGCGUAUAUUUGAAAUAGUAUACAGAAAAAAUUUUAUCGGUGUAAAGCCAAAACGAAUUGAUAUUUUUUCUACUAUUCUUUUUUCUUUUUUUUUA